UAAAAAAGAUGGUGGUCAAAGCUGAGAGAAGCAGCUGACUCCUUAUAAAUGUUUGCGAUGAUAAACUUUACAUCGCCCGGGACUAGUGCCGCUGAUCCGCUCCUCCGGAGCCCCGGCGCCCGCCGCGCGGGGGCUGAAGCCGCGGCUGGAGUGUAGGCAGCCGGGCGGAGCGCCCUGAGCGGACCGCGUUUCUGCACAAGCUGUAAUAUGUUUGCGUGAAAAGAGGCACACAGGGACUCGCCCUCCUCCCUGCACUGACCAUGGCAGACUCUGCCACCUUUCAGACUGAGCCAUGCACAGAAACUGAGCCAGACUGCAGAACAGGAGUCAUCAAUGAGAGUUCUUCUGAAGAGCCAAACAAGAAACUUAAAGUCAACCAUGAGCGCUGUGCCAAAGUUGGACAACAAAAUGUUGACUUCUGGUUCUGUGAAGAAUGUAAGGAGCCUUUCCUGAAGGAAUGCCCUAUCCACGGUCCCCCUGUGUUUGUACCUGAUACUCCCGUUUCACUGGGUGUGCCUGAUCGUGCAGCUCUCACUGUCCCUUCAGGCAUUGAAAUCAUUAAGAAGGGCCAGGAGGUGGAUGUUUGCUGCAUGGAUGAGAACAUCCCAAGGGGAGCACUCUUUGGUCCUUACCAAGGCCAACUGAUCGCUCAGGACAAACAGUCAGGGACGCACUCGUGGAUGAUUGUUAAUGAGGACAACACCUACAAAUCUAUUGAUGGCUGCGAUGAAACUAGAGCAAAUUGGAUGAGAUACAUUCGGAUGUCUUCAGAAGAGAGUGAGAGAAACCUGAGUGCAUUCCAGCAUGGUGAACACAUUUACUUUCGCGUGUGCCGCAGACUUAAGAUGAGAGAGAGGCUUCGUGUGUGGUACAGUGAUGACUAUAUGAAACGACUGCAGAGUGUAUCCCAGGACAGUAUCGACCGCAAUCUGGAGACAGGGUCAAAAUUAGAAGAUCACACUCAUCACCACGAAGAAACUCAAGGCCCAAUUCUCCGCUCAGCUUUACAUGGAAGAAGAACCCUCAGCAAGCACGGGAGUGAUGAGCCAGACAGCCAACCGCAACCCAAGAAAAAGAAGAUUGAUCUCAUAUUCAAAGAUGUCCUAGAGGCAUCACUGGAAGCAAGCCAAAAGCAAGACAAUCCACUGAACAGCACUUUGUCAUUACCAAGAUCAAGAUCACAAGUCAGCAAUGCCUUUAACCAGUCCGGGUCGUUUUCGCACCAUGUAGCGGAGUCAUUAUUUUGCCAAACUGAAAAUAAAGUGGUUGUUGUUUCCGCUGGACUGGCCCCUGUGGAGCAGCUAGAGGGUUGCCUUGAUGAGCGAUAUGUCAAAAUGGAGGAAGCAGAGGAAGAGCCUGCUGUGACUAAUGAUGGCCCGUCAACAUCUUUCUGCCCAAACUGUGUGAGACUAAAGAGACGGAUACGUGAACUGGAGGCAGAGCUACUCCGCUUUAAACAGCAAGAGCAGGCUGAGAUAUUGGCACCAUCUGAGCCUCUGCCCAGUGAUGAAAUUAGAGCAGUGGAGGCCAUGACACCUAUCCCAGUCGUGUUGGAAGAAGAUGACCAGGAUGUUGACUCCGCAGACGAGUCCAUAGCUGCUGACAUGAUGGUAGCUACCGAUGACACUUCCAAACUAUCUGUUGGUCCGGGCAGGAGGAUCCGCCGCUUCAAGCAAGAGUGGUUAAAGAAGUUCUGGUUCCUACGUUACUCUCCGACAUUAAACGAGAUGUGGUGCCAUGUGUGUCGCCAGUACACCGUCCAGUCCUCAAGAACGUCCGCUUUCAUCAUUGGCUCCAAACAGUUCAAGAUUCAUACCAUUAAGCUCCACAGUCAGAGCAACCUGCACAAGAAGUGUCUGCAAUUGUACAAGCUGCGCAUGCAUCCUGAGAAGACAGAGGAAAUGUGUCGGAAUAUGAUGACGCUCUUCAAUGCUGCCUACCAUCUUGCAGUUGAAGGACGGCCAUUCUCAGACCUUCGACCCUUGGCCGAGCUGCUGAAGAAGUGUGAGCUGAAAGUAGUCGAUCAGUACAUGAAUGAGAGCGACUGUCAAAUUCUCAUCCACCACAUUUCUCGGGCAUUUAACGAGGACUUGGCAGAAAAGAUCCGUCUCUCACCUUUCCUUGGUGUAAUCAUGGAUGGACAGAAUGAUGAUUUACUCGCAGAUACUGUUGCAGUUUACGUGCAGUUCCUAACAGCAGAGGGUCCACCUGCGACUGAGUUUCUCUCUUUGCAGAGGUUGGGUGGAGGCAAUGUAGAUGGCUAUCUCCAGGCUGUUGACCGUGCCUUUGGUGUCCUAGGCUUGAGGUUUCAGGACAUGCUUGUGGUUGGUUUGGCAGUAGAUGGGUCUAACAUCUCCUCUAACCUCAGAGCAAACCUCUACAUAACCGUACGGAAGAUCAUUCCCUUUGUCUUGUGUCUACCAGUGAUGAUCCAUCGUCCCCAUUUGGAGAUACUCGAUGCCAUAUGUGGGAAGGAACUUUCAUGUUUAGAUGAUUUGGAGAACAACUUGAAGCAGUUGCUGAGCUUCUACAGAUAUUCCCCUCGCAUGAUGGCAGAGUUGAGGACAACAGCACCUACUUUGUCAGAGGAGACCGAGUUCCUUGGGGAUAUAAGAGCAAUUCGUUGGAUCAUUGGGGAGCCUAAUGUCCUAAACGCCCUCAUCAAGGACUACCUGGAAGUGGUCACCCAUCUUAAGAGCAUCAGCAACCAGACUCAGAGAGGAGAUGCAUCAGCCAUUGCUUUGUCUCUUCUGCAGUUUCUUAUGGACUACCAAUCCGUCAAGCUCAUAUAUUUCCUCUUGGACAUCAUUGCUGUCCUGUCACGCCUUGCCUUCAUCUUUCAAGGAGACUAUCUUUUAGUGUCCCAAGUGGAUGCCAAGAUCGAGGAGGCCAUUCAGGAGAUCGGCCAGCUGGUUGAUUCUCCAGGAGAGUACUUGCAAGAGUUUGAGGAAAACUUUCGCGAGAGCUUCAAUGGUGUAGACCUGAAGAACCUGCGAGUGGCUGAAUCCAAGUUCCAGUCCAUUCGGGAAAAGAUCUGCCAAAAGAGCCAGGGCAUUCUAGCACAACGCAUUGACCAGUGCAGUCACUCCAUUGUGCAGGCUUGCAGGGUUCUUGAUCUGACAUCUUGGCCACUCAACAGGGAUGACCUCAGAACCUUUGGGGAGGAAGAGAUCUUGCUGAUCUUUGACCAUCUGGAGACGAUUCCCUCGCCAGUGCGUGAGCUUAGCCAGGACCGAAUUGAUGUACGAGGAAGCCUGGUAGGAGAAUGGAGGGAUCUCAAGACUGACUAUUACAGCAUGAAUGGCUUUAAGGAAGUGAUGAGUCAUAUCUGCAGAUAUAAACAGCGCUUUCCAUUGCUCAACCAAAUCCUGCAGCUGGUCAGGGUCCUGCCAACGUCAGCUGCCUGUAGUGACAAAGGACGAGGGUCUUUACAAAAAGUCCGGAGGAACAACCGCUCCAGGCUCACUUUGGAGCAAAUGAAUGACCUGCUCACCCUGGCUGUUAAUGGCCCCCCUAUUGCCAACUUUGAUGGCAAGAGGCCAUUGGACAGCUGGUUUGAGGAGAAGUCAGGGAACAGCUACACACUUUCCACGGAAGUGCUGGCCAGAAUGUCAAACACCGAACAAAAGCCUGUGUUGCACACAAUGGAUGUGAAUUCAGAAUUUUAUCCUGAUAUUUGAUUGAUCAGAGCCUGCUCUUCAGCCAAUAAUAUUCCAAAAGAAAAGCCAUCUCAGUGGGCGAGAGCUGAUCAGGGGCUAUUAUGUGAUUGGCCAAUAUGACAUUGGCCCUGCUGCUACAAUGUCCUAGUUAGCUAUACUUAAUUCAACCUACAAGAAUAGUAGGAAAGCCUUUGCAGAGCAAUGGCACUUGCACACCUAUGAUUAUUCUGGAAUGUCUUGUUAUUUCAUGUGAUGCUCCAAAGAAAAAGAAAGCACUUGUUUGAUGUUUUUUUUUCUACCUUUUCUGGAGCUCUCACCAUUUUCAGUUGUAAACUUUAGAGCGCCUGGUUACAAUAUUUUGCGUGAAUAUGCACAGUUAAGCCUGUUCUGUUUAUCUUAAAAAGAGAAACCACAAAUGUUUUGACAUUUCUUUUUCAAUUUUAGCCUUUCGAAAUAAUGAAUAUGAGUUUCUUUAAAUCACUCUGUAAUACAUGAUAAGUAUAAACACAUUUGCAAGGCUCUUGAUUGUUGUAGCAUGUUUUAAAUGCUAUAAAUCAUUAAUUUACAUAGAAAGAGAUUCAUUAUUUUGCCAUAUUAUUUACUUUUUCGACACUUUUUAAAAGCAGAAUUGAAAUACUUUACUCUUUAAAUUAAGUGUAAAACUUCAGUAAUUCAGUGAUGUGGUGUUUAUUUAUGUCUCUUUUUUGCUUGAGCAAAAUCCUUUUGAUGACUUAUGGAUGUGCCAUAAUGCAUUAUGCAAUCAUAUGCCUGCACGAUGCAGUUUAAGUCAAAUCUUGAAAAUGGUUGAAAAUGCAAUAUGCAAAAUGCAAAUGCCUUAUUCUCAUCAGUUUUAAAUCUGUUGUUCGGAUGUUCUCUUUCUUUCCCUGCAGUGUCAGUGUACUAGUAGUAAUAAAUUGCCAUUGGGAGAUUCCAAACAAAACAUUCUCCAACAGACUUUUAAUACAGCAAGAACAAACAUUUUGAAGACGUGAUUUUACGCUUGAAUACCAUUACGCUUUUAACUCAAUAUAACAUGGAGUUUGUGGUACUGUAUCAUUUUACAGUGUACCUUUUCAGCUUUCCACUAAAUGCCAUUUAUACUAUGUGCAAUGUGUUAUUAUACAUUUAUGAACUGUGUUGUUACUUUAUUUACGCUAAGGAGUUAGAAUACUUUUAUACUCCAGUGAGGAAUACUGUGGAUUUGAUGUUAUUUAGAUAGUUAAAAAUAAUAUUUACAGGGAUUCUAUCUUUUUGUUUAUGGAGCCCAUGUAAUAUACACUACCUAGACAAAAGUACUGGGACACCAACAGUAUAAACCAUCAGGAGCUUUAAUUAAAUCGUAUUCUAAAUCCAUAAGCAUUAGUUGGUUCUGGUUUGUAAUAUUGAUUUCUAGUUUAUUCCAAAGGUGUUUGAUGUGUUUGAGGUCAGGGCUGUGUGGGCAAGUAAAUUCUUCAACACAGAACCAAUCAUAUCUUUAUUGAGCUUUCCGCUAAAUAGGAAGAAUACAGUUGCCCAACAUGUCCUAAUAUGCGGAAACAUUAAGGGUUUAAGGCCAACCCCCCAAAAAACACCCUAUAGCCUCAUCCCUCCUCCGCCAAGCUUUAAAGUUGCCACAGUGCAGUCAGGCAACAUUCUCCUGGCAUCCACCAAAUCCAGUCUCCUCCAUCAGACUGUUCACAGAACUUCAGUAUAAAUACAGUCUAGGAAGGAUGAAGCUUCUCUGGCUGAUUGUUGCAGGGGCUGCUUCUGUUACAGUACCACACUGGAAUUCUGUAAAGCUUUUUAGAAAAACCCACUCUUUCACUAAUGUUUGUAAAGGCAGACUGCAUGACCAGGUGCUUGAUUUUUCUAAAAAGUGGUGUGUCCUUAUAUUUUUGUCCUUGUAGUGUAUUUACCUGCUUUAUGUGGCCCAAAUGAAAUGAGCAGAUUUUUUUUUUUGUUGUUGUUGUGAUGCUGCUAAAGAAGUCUUAACCCUGAUUGCCAAAGUUUCUCCUGAAACAGCAAUUAAUAUGAGUAGAAAUAAAGGGUGGUAGAACCUUUGUAUCAAUAUUUUUAUCACAAUUACUUUAAAAAAGCGUCCUGUGAUAUCUUUAACCUUAAAAGGCACUUAAACAGAAAAUAGCCCUAUGCAGUACGUGUGGUUGAAAUUCUAUUAAUUGUACACAAAUUUGUCUUAACUUUGUGUAAAAAAUUUGAUGCAGUAAUUUAGCAUGUUUUCUGCAAAAAAAUGAAUAUGUAUGUGUAUAGUUCUGACAAAUAGUUGAGGCUUUUAUAUUUGCAAAGAAUAAUGUUUUAUGCUGUAACUCUUGUAAGAAUUUGUAUAAAUGAUUGAGACAGCCUGUCUUUACUUUAUAAUGUUGUUGGUUUUUCAAAACUGUGUAAUCUCUUGCAUGCGCUCGCUCAUGGCUGCAGACAAGUCUUUUGCUUUUUGUUCGUCCCCUUCCUGAUUUGAGUGGGAACAAAACAGACGACUUAAAAAAAGCUUUAAUGCAAGAUCUUGCACCGUCCAGAUUUUAUUAGAAAGUACUUCCUUUGACCAAUCUAAAUCGUUAUACUUCCAUAUGAUGCAUUAGCUGCAUACUGCAUAUUGUCUGCUGUGGUGAUUUUUGUAGCAAUUCAUUUUUCUGAAUUUGAGCACUUUUAACAAUUAACCAUAUAUCCAAACCUCUUGCUUUUGGAUGAAAUUUUUUUUCCAUAUAUAAAGCUUAAUUGUGCUUUAUUUAGACUUAUAUUUCAUCAUUGAUUAAGGAGUUUAAAAAUACUUAUAAUAGUAAAACAAAUUAAUCUUUUCCCCCAAAAAGGAGAAAUAAUCAAUAUGUGGUUAUUCAUUGGAAGGGCUCAACAGCAUUCCUUGUUUUGAGAUCUAGGUUUUGAUUAGUGGAACGGUUCUGUUCUCUCAGUAGCACUACACUGUGCUGAUUGAAUUCCAGCCUUUUUCUGUUUUGUGGUGUGUUGCUGAUUGUUGGACAGACUGUUGCCUCAUACUGAGGUCUGUCCUUUCAUACGCCUUUUUCAUUUUUAAACAUACAGUGCUUAAGCUGUGUUUUUUAACCACAUGUAAUAGUGGACUUUCAUCUUUAUUGUUGAUAAAUGGUUAUUGGGAUUUUUUUUUAAUUGUUUGUUUUGGCACAAAUAUACUACAUUGUAUUUACACCUGCAGACUGUCAUGCUGUUACACAUGUGCUCUUGCAAUCUGUCUCUCUCUCCUUCUCUCAAUUCUCAUUUCACUCUCGAAUAUACAUGCUUUCUCUGUCAAUCUGUCUUUCUCUCUUUAUCUUACAAUCUCUAUAAAUUUGUUAUAAAAACACUCGCUGUCUGUCAAUCUGUCUUUCCUGCAGCCGAGGUGGACUGCAUUUCUUCGGCUGUAUGUAUGAAAGGCUGUUCCAAACUGAAGGAUACUUUAUAUACAGUCAAGAAAUGCAGCUGACGAGAGCAGUUAGGAAGAUGCAACUGAUGCAUUUAUGUCCCUCGGUUACCCAUAAUUCUCUGUGCAUUUACAACAAAAAGAGGAACAGGAAAAUAGCAUUUUAUGACAUUAACACAAAGCUUCAUUAGAUUGUCCCAUUUGUCUUCAUAGGAUAGUCCUGUCCUACCAAGGACCCUUACUACCUUGAGCAGCCAAGACAUUUUGACAAUAGCUGCCUGUCUUUGUCUCUGUCACUCUCUCACCUUCUCUGUAAAUGUCUUUCCCUCACACACGCCUUUUCCAUUAGUCUGUCUUUUUUUCUCUGUCUCCCACAGACACUUCUCUCCAGUGUUUCUUUCUCUCACAUAAUGUCUGUUUGUCUAUCUGUCUGUCUGUCUGUCUCUCCCUCGCAAUUCCUGUAACAUGAGCCAAAAUCAAUCCUAAGGUCAUCACUGCUAUAGCUUUUUUCUGUUUUUUUUUAUGAUAUUGUGUACCAAAAUGCAAAUUCCAGAUCAAAACUCAUACUUUUGUAUAAUUUUACAUUUUUGUAAAAGUAUCCACAAUAAUCAAAGCUGUAUUUUGUAUUCAUGCCACAUUAUAUGCUGUUGAUAUUUUGCUGGUCUAAUUUUGGGGGAGCACCACUUUAGGCUCCAUAGGAACAAACGUUUCUGAUUUGAACUUUGUAUUCAAGUGAAUCAGUGUGAAUGAUAUACAUGAUGUAUUUUGUUAUAUUACUUUAUGUGAGUGUGUCGUGUCAGCAACAUUUACACAGCUCUAUACACACCGCACACUUAGCGUCUGCAUGAAUACAUUGUAACACUGGAAAAUACAUAGCUAUAAACAAUGUGUGAAUUUAAGGAUUAUAUAGCUGGAGAUGGUGGUUAUGUACUGCAUAAAUCCACUCAAAAAUGUAAGCUCAAUUAUAUAAAUAUAUAUAUUCCACAUAUAUUGGUUUUAAAUAAAGCUUUUGUAUUUUA